AUGAAGUGCCCGCCCAUCGUGUCUCGCAGCCUCUGUGCGCCACCCUCCGACCCCUCGCGUCCCGUCGCCAAGGUCGUCGUCUCUAUCGACCCUCUCAACUCCAACGACAAUGACGAUUCUCCUCCCCAGGUUGCCUUUACUAUGGAGUUGGCUGGAACUGAAGCUGGACAUAUACCCAGAUGUUAUGCUAUGGAUAUGUCUAAAGACUUCAUUCCUAUGUCUGUGUUUUCAGACACACAAGAUGGAGAUGAUAUCUCUGUGGAGGGAAAAAUACUGAACAAGUUUGACAUGAAGCCCCAUAAUCAAAGCCUUGAACUCUAUGGGAAACUCUGCCGUGAAAGGACAAAUAAAUAUAUGGUCAAAAGUAGACAGAUUCAGGUUAUUGACAAUGAUAGUGGGGCUCAUAUGAGGCCAAUGCCAGGGAUGAUCAGUUUUUUGGCUCCUGGACCCAGUGAUAAGAAGAAAACUCCGGCCAGAGGAACAGAUACGAAGAGAACAAGAAGAGACCGUGGUGAGAUGGAAGAGAUUGUGUUUAAGCUAUUUGAACGGCAGUCAAAUUGGAGUUUAAGAAACCUCAUACAAGAAACCGACCAACCUGAACAAUUUUUGAAAGAUAUACUAAAAGACCUUUGUGUCUACAAUAACAAAGGAACUAAUCAAGGCACGUAUGAACUGAAGCCCGAAUACAGAAAAUCUGGCGAUUAAGCAACUUCCAAAUAGGCUUUAUUUUUGCUGGUCAAUUUGUUA